AGCAGUCCAUAGAACAUUUAUUACAACUAACAUUAAGUAAAAUACGAACUAGUAACCAAGUUGAAGGCUGAAUAUUAAUGCAUUGUUAUACAUACGCCUAAUUUUUCUUGAUUUUAUUGGAUAAAGGGAUUUUUCCUACUAGAUUUAUUUGUUGAACAGAAGGUAGAUGAACAUCUUGGGAAUACAAUUUGCUCCACUAUUCGUACCUUUAGAGCGACGCCUACAGACUCUUGCUGCGGCGACAUGGAUCCUCCUUAUGGUAUUUGGCAAUGCAAUAGGUCCCAUUUUAACUUUCUACCUCCUGGUAUAUACGAAGUAUUGGUGGCUGACAGCCUUGUAUCUAUUUUGGAUUUGGAUAAUAGACAAAGACAUCAGAGAAAAAGGAGGUAGACAAAGCACGUGGGUGAAGUCUUGGUCGGUCUGGAGGUACUGCAUAGACUAUUUCUCAUUUCGUCUGGAAAAACUACCUGGCGUGGAACUGGACCCCAAGAAGAACUACCUAUUUUGCUGUUUUCCUCACGGGGUAAUAUGCAUUGGGGUAUUCAAUGCGUUUGCGACUACGUGGGGAGGGUGCAGUAAUUAUUUCCCACACCACACCCCCCACAUAGCGACUUUAUCUCAGAAUUACAUAAUACCAUUCUAUAGAGAAUUAGCUCUGGCACUGGGGGGCAUUGCCUCGUCGGCAAAGUCAAUAGAUUAUAUCCUGAGGAUCCCAGGCGGUGGACAUAUUGGUGUUGUAGUGGUAGGGGGGGCAGCGGAAGCGUACUAUUGUAAGCCGGGAAAUUAUAGGGUGAUUUUGAAAAAUAGGAAGGGGUUUGUGAAACUGGCUUUGAAGAACGGCUCGCCGCUGGUGCCGAUGUUGUCGUUUGGAGAGACGGACCUGUUUGAUCAGUUCGAUGGACCACGACUGAGAAGUGUUCAGGAAGCUGUGAGGAAGAGGUUAGGUCUGGCGCCUGUUGCGCUCAUCGGGAGAGGGUUCUUUCAGUACUCAUUUGGGUUUAUUCCACGUAGAAGAAAAGUUAUUGCAGUAGUUGGAAUUCCACUGGAAGUGCCAAAAAUCCAAAAUCCUACAGUGGAGCAGGUAGAUCAUUACCAUGCAGAGUUUGUCAAGAGAUUAACUCAGAUGUUUGAGGAGCAAAAAUACACAUAUUUGGAAAACCCUGAAGACAAACACCUUGUAAUUGAGUGAUGAAUUACUUGAUAAAUCUUUGAUGUAACUGUAAAUUUUUACCGUUGUAUUUUGUACAUAUAUUUUUAAUAGCCA